GUACAAAGACAUGUCAAUAUCAAGUCCCAGAAAGUCGAACAAGGAAAAUGAAACUCUACUCAUCGAACAGAAAGAGGACUUGAAAAAGACACCUGAUGAAACAAAACCGGAUGUCAACCUAGAGAGUGUAGAAGGCUAUCAUCCAAGUUCCGAAGAUAGCGCCGGAUUGAUCAGUAGCAUUCUGUUUUCUUUUGUCGGUUUCUACUGGUGGAGAACUAGAAAUGCUCAAACUGACACGGAUCUGCUCGAAAAGCCAUCAAAAGGAAUUUCUGCAAAAUAUGCGGCACAGAAGCUCGAAAGCAAAUGGAUUUCGAGUGGCCCAAAAAGAACUCAUUUUCUGGUUGGUGUUUGGCACUGCACAAAAGUCAGUGUAAUGGCUCACGCGAUUUCGCUCUGUUUAGAAGAGCUCACACGUGUCGCGCAGCCACUGCUCUUGAGAGAACUGAUGAGCUACUACGACAUCGAAGAGGGCCAGGAAUUUCCAUACUGGCCAGCUAUGCAAGUUGCUCUGAUCAUUUCUCUGCUAUCGUUUGUCACAGUUUGCAUCCAUCACCCAUAUUUCCACGGUCUGCUGAAAGUCGGAAACCAUGCUCGGGUCGCCACAGGAGUUCUACUCUACAGAAAAUCACUUCGAAUCUCUCUCACAUCUCUAUUCGAGACGAAUAGUGGACAAAUCAUUCAGCUUCUUAAUACUGACGCUGCAAAACUGGAACAAGCGUUUUUAUUUGCACAUUACGUUUGGCUGUGCCCACUGUUAAUGUUCUUUUACGCUUACAUUCUAUGGUCAAUGUUUGGAUUUUGUUGUCUUCUUGGAUUCCUUGUCAUGAUGGCUAUCGUCUCGUUUCAGGUUCAUUAUUCUUAUCAGCUCGGAGUGAAUAGACGUAACAUCGGUGACAAAAUGGACUCAAGGUUGAAAGUCAUGAGUGAGAUCAUUAAUGGAAUCAAAGUUAUCAAAAUGCAUGGAUGGGAGAAUGCGUUUGCUGAAAAAAUCCGAAUUCUCAGAGAAGAUGAAAUCAAAGCAGUUGGAACAUCUGCCUUCUACUCAUCUAUGGUGAUGGGAAUUUACUUCAUUUCUGCAAAAAUUGGCUUAUUCGUUUACAUCUUUGCAUGCGAUUACUUUGAUGAAAUUUUGACAACCAGAGGUGUAUUCGCAUCGUCUGCACUUUUCAACUCGGUGCGUCUUCCAUUUGCAUUAUUCCUCCCACUGGGCUUGCUCUUCGGGCGUGAACUAUUUUCAACGAGUCGGCGAAUUGAUUUAUUUUUCUGUCUUGAAGAAUAUUCGAGAAUCACAUUGGAACUCGAUAGCACUGACACAGAAGAUGGAAGCAAGAAUGAAAAAGAAGGGCUUACAUUGAAAAAAAUCGGAGAAAAACCUAGUUGGACACUGAAAUGUGAUAAAGCUGAAAAGACUUCAGUUUUUCUGAAUAAAGUGACCGCCGUUUGGUACGACAAAGAUGAACAUGAUCAGAAGAAGAAAAAGAAGAAUUUUAAAGCGUUGAGCGAUAAUGAUGCAACUGUUAUUGCUGGCGAGAAGAAAGAUGAGCCGCUUCAUGUUGUCUACGCAGUUCAAGAUUUGAGCUUCGAGUUCGUAGCUGGAACAUGUUAUGGGAUAAUUGGUUCCGUCGGUAGUGGAAAAUCUUCUCUUCUCCUCACAAUUCUCUCGGAAUCCCGUAUGACUCGCGGGAAUCUUUCUGUAAAUGGCUCGUUCGCUUAUUGUGCUCAAGAACCAUGGAUCUUCACCGGCAGUAUCCAGGACAAUAUUGUCUUUGGCAGCGAAUUCAACAAAGAACGUUAUGAGAAUGCUCUAGAGCUAUGCCUUUUGACACCUGAUUUGCGGCAAUUUGCAAAUGGAGACAUGACCAUUGUUGGUGAUAAUGGUUCAACACUAUCUGGAGGACAAAGAGCAAGAGUAGCUCUUGCACGUGCUGUGUAUGCGGAUGCUGACAUCUACCUUCUCGAUGAUCCUCUUUCCGCCGUGGAUGCUCAUGUUGGAAAAAAACUGUAUGAAAACCUUAUUCGUGGAUUCUUAUCGGAUAAGCUAGUUAUCCUCGUCACCCAUCAAAUUCACUUCCUGAGCGAAUUGGACUCUGUAAUUCUUAUGAAAAACAACAAAAUGGUCGGAAAUGGAUCUCUGGACGAACUGAAAUCCACUUUCACUGACGACUUCAUAAAGCUUCAAGCUGUCGAGACUGAAGUUCAAAGCGAUGAACUUUUUGUGGACGGGCCUCCCUCGUCUCCGCCACCAUCUCCAGUAAAUAUCGAGUCUAUGGAGAAAAUAAACAAGGAGAGCAUAUUCCAAAGAGCCAAUAGUGUAUUAUCAGGAAGCAAAAUGUCUGAAACAGAAUACGUGAAGGAAAUAGUUUACGAGUCGAGGAAAUCGGGAACAAUCUCUUGGUCCGUCUAUUGGGAGUACACAAGAGGUGUCAUAAACCCCUUGAAGUACGGAAUAUGGCUGGUGGUUUGUGUUUUAAUAACUCAGCUUAUGAAUAACUUUGUCGACUGGUGGUUGAACAAAUGGUUGGUAGAUCUGGAUAUGAACAAUGCAGAUAACAGUACCAGCAAAGAAGAGUUCAAUAGGAAUGUUGACGUUCUUGGUUACACGUUCAAUGUCACAUUCCAAACUUAUGAACUCACAUUCAUUAUCAGUACCGUUAUCAUGUCGAUUCUCGGAGUGGUUCGAUCGGUUUGGUUCCGCAAUGCACAAUUGAUGGCUUCUCGAAUUCUUCAUAAUUCCAUGUUUGACUGUGUUCUCAAAACUGAAUCCGAGUUUUUCGACAAAAAUUCUGAAGGAAUGAUUCUGAAUCGCUUUUCAAAAGACAUAGGCCUCACUGAUGACUUGCUUGCGUUCACGUACUUUGAAUUUGUUUUUGGUACGUUGACAUUUGUGGGAAUAGUUGGAUUAGUCUCCAUGGUCAGACCUAUUGUCAUUCUUGCCUGCGCGUUCAUAACUGCAGGGUUCUACUUCUGUAGGAAAAUGUACGUUCAUCGUUCACGGGAAUUGAAGAGAAUUGAGGCAGCCGCUCGGUCUCCACUGAACACUACUAUUACAUCUACUGUCCAUGGUUUGUCGACUAUUCGAGCAUACCGAAAAGAAAACGAGAUGAUUGAAAAGUUUUGCGCUCUUCAUGAUGUUUAUAUGGCCGCGUACAACAUGGGACUUUUGUCCGCCCGUUGGUUCGGAAUUUGCAUCGACUUUUUGGUGUCUGUUUUCGUUUCCAUUGUGGCGAUUGUUGUUGUUCUUCAAUAUGAAACCCUGACCGUCGGAGAAGUCGGAUUGUGCCUUGUGUGCGCGGUUCAGUUGAGUGGAUUCUUCUCGUGGAUCAUGCGGCAAAGCGCCGAGCUGGAGAACGGGAUGGUUUCCGUGGAACGAGUGCUAGAGUACACCAAAUUGAAAUCUGAAGAAGAAGCCAGAAGACCACAUGAUGCAUACCUCGAUAAACAGCUACUGAACUCUUGGCCAACGAAAGGAGAAAUCGAGUUUGAAAAUGUAUCUGUCAAUUAUGGGGAGACCAAAGUACUCAAAAAUCUUAGCUUUGUUGUUUUAGGUGGACAAAAGAUUGGAGUCGUCGGCCGAACUGGUGCUGGUAAAUCAACACUCAUUAAAAUUAUUUUUGGACUGAAAGAGUACUGCUCUGGACGUGUCACUAUCGACGGUGUGGAUCUGGAUCACAUUAGUCUUAACUUCAGAAGAGGAGGAAUGUCUAUCAUUCCGCAGGAGCCCGUAAUCUUUUCAGGAACGGUCCGGGAGAAUUUGGACCCGUUCGAUGAGUAUGAUGAUGCUACUAUUUGGUUUGCGUUAGAGCAGUGUGAGCUUAAACGUUCCAUCACAAAAGAAAAAGGAUUGAACGUCGAAUUGGGCCAACGGGGAGUCAGCCUGUCUGUCGGUCAGCGUCAACUUUUCUGUCUUGCCCGAGCAAUGAUCCACCGAUCCAAAAUUCUUGUUAUUGAUGAAGCAACCGCAAAUGUUGAUGGAGUGACAGAUGCUUGCAUCCAGAAAACAAUUCGAGACUUUUUCAAAAACGCCACAAUCAUCACGGUGGCCCACCGUCUUCACACCAUUAUGAACAGCGAUAAUGUAAUGGUGUUUGAAAAAGGAGAGCUCGUCGAGUUUGACAAACCGAUCACUUUGCUGGAUGAUCAGAGCUCGCUGUUUUCAAGAAUGGCUGCUCAAUCAGGGGCUGAAAAUUUUGACUCCCUUCGGGCGGCUGCAUUGGCCCAUGCAAUCGAUGAUCAGUCAUCGUAUACGGAUAAUAGUUAAAGUUUCAUUAAAUUUCCAUGUUUUCUAAAUAUUCAAAUCAUAACUUGUUUCACUUUCACAUCAUUUUAUAGCAAUUCAAUUGUUCAAUGUCACCUUUUCAAAGGGAAUCGAGAUUGUUUUUAUUUCACUUUUUAUUCCAUCAUUCCAUUGAGCACAAUAAUUCCUUGUUCAUACCAUGAUCUAAGAUCAUUUCGGUUUUGGCCCAGUGAUCGCAUCGUCCACAUCGUGUAGCUUUAUAUG